AUGAAAAUGAACGAAAAUAACAAUUUAUUGGGAGAAAUAAUUCGCCAGCACCUUCCCCAGCAAACCAAUAAAGUGACAAACAAUUGUCUUUAUCUGGCUACUGAAAGUUUAACAGUCACGGAGUUAGGAGCCGCAAUCAGGCAGCCUCCACUUACUGCCACCACCUUGCGCGAAAAACUGACCCUCGGUGGCUCGGAUUCCGCUGAAGUAGGGGGGAUAACCCAAAAAAUUACGGUUUCUCCCGUAGAGUUUUCCGGACAAAAAAUUAUUUUUUUAGACACGCCCGGCCACAGUGAUUUUGUAAAAAUGCGUCAGCGGGGAAUUGCCUUGACUGACUUAGUGGUCUUAGUAAUUGACGGUCAAGACGGUAUUAUGUCACAAACAGCGGAGAUUAUUGAUUACCUUCACGAAUAUAAAUUACCAGUUAUUGUUUUUAUUAACCACAAAAAGCCUGCUGAAACGGAUAAUGAGACCAACUUAAACCGCCUCAAAACCCAACUCCAAGAAAAAGGUUUCGCUCCCUUAGAAUGGGGAGGAGAAACCAUAGUAAUUUCUGGCAAUGCCCAAGCCGCUGCCAGCAUUAAAAACUUGCUAGAAAAUAUUUUACUCUUUGGGAAUUGA